UCAACUGUCAUUCUAAUUCUAAAUAGUCCUGUCAAUGUGACAGGUGGCCGUUUUAAAAAUUUUAUAUACAAAAAUGUCCAUACAAAUAAGUCCGUGUUAGUUAAUAUGUGUCGCGACAAUUAUGAAUGCUACUGCCGCGGCUGGAGUGGGAUUGGCUUUGAUUGUGCUAGCCUUGCUUCUUAUUAGAUGGAAGUACAGAAGUAGUAAGGUGCCAUCUCCAAGCAGUCCUCCAUGUACAGUUCCCGUGCAGCUUGUUCACAAGCUGUGCCCUCAUCGCAAUGUAGUGCAGCGGUACCAGGUGGAACAGAAGGAUAGCCUGGACGACCAUCUGGACGUGCUCACGAGGAAACUCGCCGAAAAGGAGGGCCGGCUCCGGUUAUCCAAAUCUAAAAUCCGAGAGACCCAGAACGAGAUCGAAAAUCUCCACGCCAUAGAUCAGGACGUGCGAGUCAGGUACAGAGAGAUCAUGGAGUCGCUGCGAGGCGAUCUGCUGGCUAACGAGAAGGAGUGCAAGAAACUGCAGGAACAGAUAGAGUGGGUCUCCAGGAAGCGGGCGGAGUUGCGGGAUGAGGUGCGUCUGGGACAGAAGCUGUACGGAGAAGCUGCUGCGGAAUUAGCCAGCAAUUUAGCGGAAAUACAGAAAGGGCGCUCCGCUGACGUCAAGGUCACCGACAAGCCCCUGGAGCACUCGUCAACGUCCCUCCGCCGGCGGAAGGAGCCCACACUGCCCAGGGCCUCGCCCGUCAGCUCGCUGGCCAUUAAAACGUCGCCGCGCCUCUCACACGAGUCCCUCGCUAUGAGACACAAUUAAUACUUUCAUUCUAUUUAUACACUUGUGUGUGACAUUGUAUUUUUUUUUUUUUACUUUAUAUCAUAUAUUUUUUAUGCUUUUUUAUUUUUGAUAUGUUUCUAUACGAAUAUACUUUUUACAAUAUUUA